AUGGGAAUGAAUACAAUGGUGAUGGCAUACAGAGCAUUGUCGGGAUCUGCGCGGGUAACCGCAACCACCAUCCACGCCACCUCGACCCUGACCUCGGCGGGGCUGAAGCUGAAGGAGCCGAUGUCCCCUGGUGGCUCUGCGUCGGUUGCAGAGAGGAACAACGGCAGGGGCAAGGGCAAGACUGAGAUCAAGCGCAUCGAGAACACGACGAACAGGCAGGUCACCUUCUGCAAGCGCCGCAACGGCCUCCUCAAGAAGGCGUACGAGCUUUCCGUGCUCUGCGACGCCGAGGUCGCGCUCAUCGUCUUCUCCAGCCGCGGCCGCCUCUAUGAGUACUCCAACAACAGCGUGAAGGCCACCAUUGAGAGGUACAAGAAGGCAAACAGUGACAACUCCAGCGCAGCUGGUACGAUUGCAGAGGUCACAAUUCAGCACUACAAGCAGGAAUCUGCUAGGCUGAGGCAGCAGAUCACUAACUUGCAGAACUCCAACAGGGCCCUGAUAGGUGAUUCUAUCACAACCAUGAGCCACAAGGACCUUAAGCACCUGGAGACUAGGUUAGACAAAGGCCUUGGAAAGAUUAGAGCAAGAAAGAACGAAGUGCUGUGUUCUGAACUCGAGUACAUGCAGAGAAGGGAAAUGGAGUUGCAGAAUGACAACUUGUACUUAAGGAACAGGGUUGAUGAGAAUGAAAGGGCACAACAGACAGUGAACAUGAUGGGGGCACCAUCGACAAGUGAGUUUCAGCAGCAGGGUUUUAUUCCUUAUGACCCAAUAAGGAGCUUCCUGCAGUUCAACAUCAUGCAGCAGCCUCAGUUUUACUCCCAGCAGGAGGACCGGAAAGACUUCAACCUAGGGGAAAGAUAA